AUGAAAAAUAAAAAAUUUCCACCAAACACGUCAACAGUACCACCAACAACGAAGCUAAACACCAAGAGCGACGUGAAGCUUGGUGUUGAAAACCCUCAACCCUCAACUGACCAAAACAACGACCAGCCGAGCGAGCAGGACGUCAGUGAGACGCAGUAUUACUCCAACCCAGACUUCAGCCUUCGCCUUUUCUCCUACCUGAACUUCCGUCCUGAGAGGGGAGACAUCUACACCUGCAGCGUGCGACACAGAGGACUGGAGCAGGACAUCACCAGGUUCUGGGAGGUGGAGGUGCCGGAAGACUCUCAGGAGGUUGAGACUGUGGUGCUUGUGAUCGGAAUUCUUGUGGGAUUUUUGGGAUUUGUGGUUGGAAUCAUUAUUAUCGUAAUGAGCAAACUGGAGCUGCGGGCUGAAUGAUCAGAAACUCUCAAACAGCCUUCUGUUCUUCUUCCACAAACACUGUAAAUCAUCUGUUCAUUCUGAUUUUAAAAUUAAUAAAUGUAUCUAUUUAUUUAA